AAAAAAAGAAAAAUAGGCGGUGCCUGGAGGACAGGCCAGGGCUUUAGACCAGAGCUGUGCUGCGGGAGAAGGACCGGGGCGGUGGCGUCAGAGCCCCAGCGCAGGGACCGUGCUCGCUGAAUGACCCCGAGUUCCCUCCCGGAGGCGCUCACUACCUUAUGGACCUGUCUGCUACUGGUUCUUGGUCCCUCGUCUUUUUUGCUCCUCCACCCCGAUUCUAGGAUUCUAGACCCAAAGUUCUACCCUGGGAGACCGACCACCCCCACUUCCCGGGCUUUGGGCUUGUAAAGGGGAAAAGCCCCACUUUUGCCUCGUCACUAGAAACCCAGUCAUCUGAGUCAGUCGAGCAGGUGACGUUAGGCCGACCUGGGCUCCUGGCUAGCAGAACGGAGGCGCUGCCACGAAACUCGUACCUGCGGCUAAGAGCAGGUGAGUCACAGCACCGUUUUAUAUUUUUAUGACAUAACUUUUUUUUCUUUCCGCCUCAGUCCACUCCACUCCCCUUGUCAUCUGCAGCGAUCAGAAAGAGGAAGAAACGGAGAGCAGAUGUUUGUGUGAUAGGGCCUGCCUCUCUCUCUGCCGGGCUCCUCCUCCAACCCCCCUUCUGCAGCCUCCGGGACCGAGCUGGAGGCGACCGUCUGGUUUCUGAUAGAGAAAGUUGCCAGGGACCUUCUUGGGGAACGAGGUUGAAGACAUGAUGGAAAAUAAUGCAUCUCCUACUCUGGUGUGCAGAACCCAAGUCGGCAAGUGGAACACAUUUCCUCUUCCCUCCACUCCCUUUCAGAAAGGGGAAGCUACUUCUCAAGAGCCAUGCUCUAGCUGCCCUGGGUUCCAAAGAUCCUUGUUCCAGUCCAGGGUCAAUGAGAGAUGUAGAGAGUGUCCUAUGAUUCCCUCCUGUGCUCUCAGGAUCCCAUGGGCCGUUGUAAGUCCUGGAGAAAGCCUAUUUGGGGUUGCGAUUCAGGGGGCAUCCCUAAAGGAGAAGAGGGCUAAUGGAAGAGAAGCCAAGUUGGGCCUAGUGAGGGUUUCCCUGGUAUCUAAAUUUAGGGAAAGCCCAGAUGAUGAUGGAGGUGGGUCUUGUAUCUUAUCUGUUGCUUUGAUUGGUUAAUAAUAAAGAAACUGCCUCGGCCCUCAUAGGACAGAAAAUUAGGUAGGUGGAGUAGACAGAAGAGAAUGCUGGGAAAAAGAAGCUUAGUGAAGGAGUCGCCAUGAUUCUCCCGCUCCAGACAGACGCAGGUUAAGAUCCUCCCUGGACUGGAUUUGGACAUCAUCCAAUUGUGACCCUUUGGAAGUAUGGACACUAUGAUGUUCCAUUGAUGCCACCAUGACUUCCUGUGUAUGAACCAGAUGUGGUUCCAAAAGCAGACAGCAGAAGAACUAACAGGCAGACACUGCGAAGCUGUCCUCAUGGAGCAUCCACAGGGCAUUUGGAGUCAUGUGACCAAUGCAAGGAAACCUCAGAGAUGAUAAGGCCACUUGUUGCUUCGUGGAUCACAUGAGGAAAACUGGAUAUUGCAAAUUUAAGAUUAUUCUGUGAGUUCCAGAAACUUAGGUCCCAGGCCUCAGAGUUUACAUCUCUUUAGAGUUGGGCUCAUGGUGGGCGACAUGGCAGCUCAUUGGCAGGUCAAGUUCGUCAAGAUGUCCACCAUCCCGAAGCACUUCGGACUGACAUCCCGAGAAGAAUCGUAUAUGUUUAAAGAGCUUGAGAAGAUUCGCCAGGAAUCCAAAAAGGAAUAUCACCAGUUCAAGCAGAAGCUGGCUGACAGGCCGCUUUUUGCUGCAAGUUCUGAGGAUGACCUCGAGGAUGACCAGGACCAGGAGGCUCGCCCACGCAGUGCCAGAGCAAAGGGGAAAGUAUCCUGGGCUGUCAAGCCAUCGUCCUCGUCGACAAGGGUGCAGAGCCCAGAGCGCCCCGCCGAGGCCGACCUGCAGGGGGCGCCGCAGAGCACGCGGCGCGGUCCCGAGAAGCCCGAACCCUUCAGCCCGCGGGACUUCUACCUGCGGAGCUCGGCGUUCCGGCGGUACGGUCCCCCCAAAGCACCUCCGGUCAUCGCCCGGCAGGCGGGCACCGCCAGGCCCGCGCUCCUGCUGCGGCCGCGCUCGCGUCUCAAGAGGCGGCACCCCAAGAGCCGGAGCGUGCCGGUGUCUAAGGGCGCGUUCCCCCUGAGCCCCGCGCACGAAGCCCGGGUGCUCGGCUUGGUUCGCACCCGCUACCGCUACCGACAUGCCAGCUCCUUGUCCAGCCUGGGCAGCGACUUCGACGACAGCGGACGGCUGCGCAGGGUGCGGAUCCACACCUACUACCUGCGCGAGGGCAUGGGCGGUUCUCGGUGGGUGAGGCCCUCGUUCAGAAGCAUGCGCGAAGGGAGCUCGACCAGCCAGGGGUCCUGGCCCCCGCAGGCGACACGCUUUUUCCCCACGAGCAUAGAGGAGAUCAUCGCCUCUCUGCAGUCCGAGGCCCAGCUGGCUGCAGACCAGACCAUCAAGGAACUCAUCCAGAGCAUCUUGGGCCACAACUACGACCUCACAAUGGAGGGUAUUUCUUUGAUGGAACAAAAGUACCUCAGACAACCUCAGUCACAAACACCUGAGAUAAAAGAGGAGAGAGAGUCACAGGAAAAUUUGAAGGAACGACCAGUCACGCAAAAUAUUUAUGAGGAUCUUCCUGAGGCCGUGUCCAGCAUCUUCCAGAUUGAACAGGAGGAUCUUUUGGAUUGGGGAGCCAUAGGAGAAGAGAACUUAGCGUUUAAGUCCCAGGAAGCAUUAGAAAUCAUGCCACUGGAGGAUAAGCCCUUGGAAGUGGGUCGUUCUUCAUUUGAUGUGAAAUCAGGCAGGCGGUCAACUAUACAAGUGAGAUCUUCAGAAUUAUUGCAAAUCAGAGGAAGAGAAGUCAAGCGAUCACAAAAAAGUAAACCAGUUGUUAAGUCAUUGAAACCAAGAAAGACUGUAAAAUCUCAGGAGGAUAAAAAACUAAUUAAAAAAAUCCCACAGGCUCAUCCCCUUCCUCAUCUUCAUGACCUGUGCACCACAGUCCCAGCUGCGGAGCUGCCUGUGGAUCUGCACCUGGCUUCUCGAGCGUACCACACCCCCAACAGAACAGGUCACAAGGCCAUGCUUAGGCUAUUGGGAACGUCACUCUUAGGUGAUUGCUGCUUAGAUGAACAGCGAGAUAGAAUACUGUAUGGUUUUCCUGUUGAGAAAGAGAAAUAUAGCAGCGUUCCUCCAGUCCCACCAGAGGAAUUCCCUGAAUUGGUGCAGACAAGUCAAUGGCAACCUCACCAACCAGACCUGCAGCUCUCAGGAGAAGAAGUAUCUGCAUAUCCUGGAGCUUCAAAGAUGUUUUGGAAUCUUAGUGCACCCAAAUUCGCGAUUCCAGAAUCAACCAUGAGGGAAGCAUUAUAUGCGAAAUACGAGAGUGCUCAGACAAGCAGAAUUUUAACUGAGAAAAUUUCUGAAAGCAAGGAAAGUGUGGUUAUUUUGGAUACAUACACCAGAAGAAGUUUUAAGUCUUUAAUAAUAAAAAAAUCGGCAUCAUAUGAGAAUAUCCAAAAAUAUUCCAGUGCUCCGUACACACGAUUAAAGAGAUCAAACUCUACUGUUGAGUUGCAGAAAGAAGGGACCCCAUCGCCGUUUAUAGUUAAGGACGACAUCUACAGCAAUCUGAAGCAGCUGCUGUUCCAGAAGAGGAAUGAGAUGAAGCGCCAGCUUGCCAAGCAGAGGGGGAUAUUUGAUAUCCCCAUAAAAGGCAGCCUGGAAACCAUGAAUGAGUCAGACAGCUUGAAAUGCCUGUCAUUUUCUCUCGUUGAAGCAUCAAGAAAAGCUGGCAUUACCUACAUUGUGUAUCCCAGGAAAAAGAAGAAGAUAUUGAAGAAAGGAACGAAAUUCCAGAAGCUUGGCCUUGUGUAUGAGCAGCUCUCCAAGCCUCCAAAGAAAUUAGAAAGAUCGGCAUCUCAUGGAGUACUUCCUGUGCAGAAAAAGUUUUCCCUUAAAGUUCCAUUAUACGAACGUCAAAUAAGGUCUCCCAGUGUACCUGUGGUUUUAAAUUUUGAUCAAUUUGUUCAAAGUAAAGGAGGAAUACCAGAAAAUACUGAUCCUCGGACAUGGGCUAUCGAGAUCUUCGCUAAAGACAAACCUCAGAAAACACCUGCACCAGUUACGUCUUUUCAGAAAGAAGUUCCCGAGCCAGUGAUAGAACUCCCCAAGUUGGAAUUAUCUGAUCAUAUCAAGUGUGACCUUCCCCCAGAUGUCGUUAAAUAUUAUGAAUCGGAAGUGGAGCGGUUGACUCAAGAGAUAAAAAAUGAGAAAAGAAUUCCCGUGUUUGCCUAUUGUCGGCGUGGAGCUAUAUACAGAAAACUGGGAAAGUUGCAAAGCGCCAUGAAUGACCUACAAGAAACCAUAUUUUUGGAGCCAUUGUUUCUCAAUGCCUAUUGGCACCGACAUUUCAUUUAUCUUUUCCAAGACAAAAUCAAUGAUGCUUUGGAUGACUUGAAUUUUAUACACAGAUGUAAUAAAAACCAUGCAGAGGCAUACUUGUCAAAGGCAGAGAUUUUCAGAGAGAAGAAGGAAAUCACACUGGCAAUUCAGAAUUACAGUCAGGCAAUCAAGUGCAGACCCAAAGAUUCUGAUCUCUAUUUCAAGAGGGGGGAGAUGUAUGAGAAGACAAACAGAGUGCUGGCCAUUGAUGACUAUUCGAAAUGUAUUUACUAUAAUCCCAAGAGAACAGAUGCCUUAAUGAAGCGUGCAAUAUAUUACUUUGAAAAUGAAAACUGGAUUGGAACCAUACAUGAUUUUACAGCUCUGUUAAAACUUGAGCCCAAAAAUUCUCAAGCAAGGACAAUCCGAGGGAGAGCAUAUUUUAAAAGGAGUUUAUAUAAACAAGCCACCCAAGACUUUUCUGUUGCCAUCCACUUAGAUCCUAACAAUUGGUUAGCGCUGUUCUACCGAGCCUGCUUGUUCAGGAAGACUAAUCCGCUCAGAGCGCUGCAGGAUUACAGCGUGUCAGUUCUCAUAAAUGAUGGCUAUGAUAACCUUAACUGCUUUCUACAUCGGGGCAUACUCUAUACACAACUAAAACUUUGGAUGUUGGCAAUUUGUGAUUUUGAAACUGUUAUCGCUCUGGAAAGAACUGCUACUUUGGCUUAUGUGAAUAUUGGCCUCAUCUAUCUAUUCCACCUGGAUAAUUACACUGAAGCCUUUUGGCGAUUCUCUGAGGCAAUCCGAGUUGAUCCUUUAUAUAUUCAAAGCUAUAUUUGUAGAGCAGAAACCUAUUAUAAGCUGCACAAACCGAAAAAGGCAGUAUAUGAAUUAUCCCGUGCUAUCCACCUCCAGCCAGAUGCAAUCCAGUUAUAUAUAAUAAGGGGACAGUACCUUCUAAUGAUGAAGUGUUAUGAUCUUGCAAAGUUCACUAUUUAUCAAGUAGCAGAAAUGAACAAAGGUCUCAUUGAGCUGACACCAAUACAGCAAGCGCUCAUUUACUCAUUUUGUGAAAACCAUGAAAAGGCUAUUAGCUUCUUGGAGGGGGUCACAGUCAAUAGACCAGAGAUCUCCACUUUUGCACUCUUGGCAAAAGCCCAAAUGAAGGCUAAGAAAAUCAAGGAAGCUGUGAGAAUAUUUAAGAAGGCUUUGGAAAUGUUUUCAAGUUCUGACAAAGGACCGAAUGCCACUGCUGUUUUAGCAGAAUGUCUGUAUAACCUGGGUCUUUGUCACAUGGAGGAAGGCAACCUACAAAUGGCUUUGGACUCUUUUACAAAAGCUGUGAAAGCAAAUCCUGACUUUGCAGAAGCCUUUUAUCAUCGGGGACUUUGUAAAGUAAAACUCAACAAGGAUAACUCAAUCCUGGACUUUAAUCGAGCAAUUACCCUCAAUCCCAGACAUUACCAGGCAUAUUUAAGCCGAGUAGCCUAUUAUGGUAUGAAGGGCAGAUACUCCAAAGCAAUCCUGAAUUGUAAUGAAGCCAUCAGACUUUAUCCUGAGAGUGUGCGUGCCUACAUCUGCAGGGGAGUUCUGAAGUACUACAACAGAAGUUACAAACUAGCUAUUACAGAUUUAACUACAGCUGUCAACAUGGACAAGAACAGUUACACAGCAUUUUAUAAUAGAGCACUGUGUUACACCAAGAUAAAGGAACAUGAGAUGGCUUUGAGAGAUUAUGGAAUUGUGCUGCUUCUUGACUCGGGAAAAGGGAUAGCAUUAAAUACCUAUAUUAACCGUGGACUCAUCUACACCCAACUAAAGCAGUACGGCUUUGCACUAGAGGAUUUUAAACAAGCUGCGCUAAUAAGCGAGACUAGCGUGAGCCUUUUUCAAGCAACCGCCAUGUGCCACCACAGAAUUAAAGAGUUUGAAGGUGCUGUUGACUUUUUCACGAGGGCUGUUAAAAUUAACACACAUUUUCUGGAUGCUUAUAUUGGACGGGGGAAUUCUUACAUGGAGUAUGGACAAGAUGAUGCCCUUAAACAAGCACAGAAGGACUUCCUGAAAGCACUGCAUAUUGACCCAUCAUGUUUAAAGGCGAGGAUUAGUCUAUGCUAUAAUUUGCAGGCCCAAGGAAAGUUCCAGAAAGCUUGGAAUCACUUUACAAUUGCCAUAGAAGCUGAACCAAAGAGCUAUCUAGCCUAUGAAGGACGAGCUGUCAUUUGUCUUCAAAUGAGUAAUAAUUUCGCUGCAAUGCAGGAUAUUAACGCUGCCAUCAAGAUCAAUACUACAGCAGAAUUCUUGACAAAUCGUGGUGUGAUUCACGAGUUUAUGGGUCAACAGCAGAACGCAAUGACAGACUAUCAGGCAGCAAUUUCUCUGGACCCCAAGUACUCGCUGGCUUACUUCAAUGCUGGGAAUAUCUACUUUCGUCACCGGCAGUUUUCUCAGGCCAGUGACUACUUUUCAAAGGCUUUGGAAUUUAAUCCAGAAAAUGAGUAUGCUCUCAUGAAUCGAGCUGUUACGAACACAAUAUUAAAGAAAUAUGAAGAAGCAGAAAAAGAUUUUUCAUGUGCAGUUGAUCUCUGUCCCCACUGGGCUGCAUUGUAUUUUAACAGAGCCAAUUUCCAUUUCUGCUUAAAGCAAUAUGAACUAGCUGAACAAGACCUUAGCAUAGCCCUGUCUUUGAAGCCUGAUGAAGCUGCAAUGUAUAAUCUCAGAUCACAAGUUCGUGGCAAAAUAGGACUGAUAGAGGAAGCUAUGAGCGACUAUAACAGAGCCCUCGAUCUGGAAGAAUGUUUCCCAGCUAUGUGAUUACACAGCCUCUUGUGGUUUCUGUACUAGGUUAAGUAUAUUUUCUUCCUGAAACUGAAAUAUAUUUGUUGUUUAGAAAUGC